AACGCUUCUCUUGCUGAGAAAGAGAGGGAGAGAGGCUGCUUGCUGCGAGAUUGGAGGCAACAACAUGGCUCAGCGGCUCACGGAGGAACAACUCACUGAGUACAAAGAGGCCUUCUCGCUCUUUGACAAAGAUGGCCACGGGGCCAUCACCACCAAGGAGCUGGGCACCGUCAUACGCUCCCUGGGCCACAACCCGACCGAAGCCGAGCUGCAGGGCAUGAUCAACAAGGUGGACGCCAACGGCAGCGGCACGGUGGACUUUGCCGAGUUCCUCUCGCUGAUGGCAAAGCAGUCGAGGGGUUCCGACAGCGAGGAGGAGAUCCGGGAAGCUUUCCGGGUCUUCGACAAGGACGGGAACGGAUACAUCAGCACGGCAGAGCUGCGUCACGUUAUGACCAACCUGGGGGAGAAGCUGACGGACGAAGAAGUGGACGAGAUGAUCAAGGAGGCCGACGUGGACGGAGACGGCAGAGUCAACUACGAAGAGUUCGUGCGGGUGAUGAUGGAGAACAGGGAUAAUGAGAGAGUGAUUUCCUGGAGACGAGAGACAGAGAGAGAGAGAGAGAAGAGGCUGUGCUGGGCAGAGGACGGACACGCCAUGGCUUACCGAUUCACAGAAGCAGAACUCGACGUGGUCAAAGAGGCCUUCGCACAUUUCGACACGGACGGCGAUGGGGUGAUCACUUCGUCGGAGAUGGGAGAGGUAAUGCGCUCCCUCGAGCACGUGCUGGUCAACCUGAGGGAGAGGUUCACGGACGAGAAGGUGGAGGAGAUGAUGAAACAGGUGGACGCCAACUCGGAUGGGAAAGUCACCUACGAGGAGUUUGAGAAGCUGAUGCGCUGGCAUGACGCCUCCUCCUCGCUGGCCCACCCCUCGUGCCGAAAGAAGCGGCUGAAAGGGAAAAGGGGGGUAGCAAAGCGGAGCUCUCCUCACAGCCCCAGCCUUACAAACGGCUUCACCUGGACGAAUCCGGGCAUGAGACGGAACGUGUCUUCUUCGCAUUGGCACCCGAUUGUGUGCCUGCCCUUCCCGUGCAAACAGCAGCUUCAGAGGAGUCCUUUUCAUCAGAAUGGCAGUGGCGUUGGCUCCAACAGAAGCUCAACCUGGGUGUUGCCUAACCUCUCCCCAAAUUGUGGAUCAUCCCUGGGCAGAGGGCCAGAGAAGACACCCACAGUUCUUGGCAACUCCCAAAAAAACGGAAGAGAAGAAGUUCUUCAUUGCGCCAGAGAACGCCAAGGCAGUCACAGGGCGACCGUGGAAGUUGUUGGGAGCAACGAGGAAGCCAUGGCUGAACAUCUCUCGGAAGAGCAGAUCGCUGAGUUCAAGGAGGCCUUCCUGAUCUUCGACAAAGAUGGAGAUGGUGCCAUCACCACCAAAGAGCUGGGCACCGUCAUGAGGUCUCUUGGGCAGAAUCCGACCGAAGCCGAGCUCAAGGAAAUGAUCGAUAAGCUGGACGCUGACGGGAAUGGCACUGUGGACUUCCCAGAGUUCCUGUCCUUGAUGGCAAGGAAGAUCCAGAACUCCGAUGGGGAGGAAGAAAUCCGGAACGCCUUCCGGGUCUUCGACAAGGAUGGGAACGGCUACGUCAGCGCCGCGGAGCUGCGCCACAUCAUGACCAACCUUGGCGAGAAGUUGACGGACGAAGAGGUGGAGGACAUGAUCAAGGAGGCUGACGUGGACGGAGAUGGGCAGGUCAACUACGAGGAAUUCCUGAAGAUCAUGUCCUGCAAGUGAAGACCGCACCUGAGGGACUUGGGUCUGUGUACCCGAGGACAGUCGGACUUCUGGCUAUUUCACUGGACAUGUCUUCUUCUCCUUUGCAUGGCCUGGGUGAGGUGGUUUGGCUUAGCGGCUGAUCAAAUAUGAUUAAACGGAUAACGAGCGGUGGGGAACAGCACUAAUUUGAUGGGAGAAUCCGGAGUUCCAAUGCACUUUUUCCUUUCGCUUUCUCUGUGGCCCAGAGGGAUUUGUGGCCCGGCAAAUGGGAUCACGUUGCAUUCUUGCUACAAAACGAAUUGAGAGGAGGCUGCCAGCCACAGUCCAGAACGGAGCCAACAGAUGGAAGGCAGAUUAUGAUCUACUGGGUGGACUGUAGAAGAUUGGCGAGGGGGCAACCCAGCCAGGUGGGACGGGUACAAAUAAUAAAUUGAAUAUUUCUGAUGCCUGGUAGUGUAACAUCAGCAAGUGAAAAUAAAUUUUGCCGUGGCUGGUCUUGUACUAAUCGCUCAACCUCA